AAAGGCAAAAAAUACUGUCAUUAAAUUUUAUUUUCAAGGUUUUAAUUAAAAAAUGUCUGCAAUGAUAUUCAUCUAUAAAGGUUUGGACUAGCUACGGGCAUGCUAUUGGUGUUAUGGGAUGGAGUCAAAUAUGUUUGCAAAAAAUUUACUGACACAACAAUGGAAAUUUUUAUCAUGCAUUUUAAAAUCCAUGAUAACCCUACUUUUGGAGAUGUAAACAUUACCAGUGGUCUCCAGAGAAUUCAAGCAAGUGGGUGCAACACCCUCCAGGAAUUUAGAAAACAGCCUUACACCCACCUUAAAUAUCCAUUUGAUCCCACUUCAAAAAGAGGAAUAUCAUUAAAAAAUUGGCAUAUUUUGUCCUGGGGAGAUCACUGGUUACCUUUGUAUAAAUUGCAUUCUUUAUAAAUUUAUAGAUAUUUGGUGAAAAAUAUAGAAAUAUAUAUUGUGCUUUUAUUGUCUGUAAUGCUAAACACAUUGUUUUGUUCCAGUAGUUAUUACUAAUUUUAAAAUGAAAGAACACAUUAUUGAAGUAGCUUUUCUCGUG